GUGCGUUACAAUGUCAUGAAAGGAAGUUCUAGUCCAAGAAAGUUAUGGCUUCUGAAGAACUCAAUAAUCUAAGAAAACCAUCUGCAAGACGUUCGAAGCCUGAUAUGGCGGCUCUAGUAGACCAGCAGAGGCUUUUCGAAAAUCCUUGGAGUCGGAAGCCUUUAUUCCAGCUAGAAUCACUCGUACCAGUUGUAUCUUUGCAUGAUGUAGGAUCUCACCCAAGUAGUAUUGAACGGGUUGAUAUGACUUCAACAUCCCUUGCUGAAAAACGUUUCCUCAAACAUCCAUCUGCUUCAUUCUCUUCAUCUGAUGAUUCAGAUAUUAUGGAAAACAAUAAUGUAAAUUCAGUUGAUGAAGAUGAUGAUCUACCUUUGUCUACAUUCCUUCCCUUGAAAUCAGAUACUUUGACCAAUAAUACAACUAUUAUUACCAAUCAUCAUUAUCAUAAUAAUAAUAAUACUAACAAUAGUAUUCAUGAUGAAAAAAAUUUCAUACCAUUUUGUCCAUGUACAAAACCUGCAGUUCUAGAUGAUCCACGUUUAGAUGGAUUAUUUUGUUCACCUGAAUGUCUUAUACGUGCAUGUCAUGAAGCAUUUGAUGUAUGGUUAAGAAAUCAUCAUUGUAUUAAAAAUAAUUCUAUAAUUUAA